AUGGAGCUUACCUAUCGCUGGAAUUACAGAAGAUUGCUUCUUCCUCCUCUACCGCUCGUCGCUGCGCAAGAACUAGGGCAAACACCAGUUCAAACGAAUCUAGAUGUAGAUGUGAAGAGUGAGGUUCGGCACAUAAUAUUAUCUGUGAGCCUUUUAGUAAAUAUCAACAUAUUGGAGGGAGAGAUUCCUGCCAUGGCUUCCACUAUGGAGCAACAACAUAAGAAAACUAGGGAUCAGACUCUUCGUCCAAAUUGUGUAGGUAUUGAAAAGGUUGGAUCGAAAUCCGAGCACCUUAAUGGAGCUUUUGAUUCAUCCCGGGGCUGUUUGAGAAUUCUAAGGGUCCGGGGGUGCUGCUGUGAGCCACUUACAGCAGCACCAGCAGUUACACUAUAA